AUGCAAAAGAUCGUACUCGUAUCGUUGGCACUUGUUGGUGUUGCCCUGGCAUACGAACACCACGGUUUCGUGAGCGAAGUGAAGCACAUCCCGUACAAGUACUACGGUGGCGGAAUUGGCGGUGGACAGGAGGGUGGAUUCGAGGGUGGCAUCGGAGGCGGCUUUGGUGGCUCGAUCGGAGGCGGUGAGGGUGGCUACGAGGGUAAGGACUACUAUGCCUACCCGAAGUACAAGUUCGAGUACGGAGUUAAGGACUACCACACCGGUGAUCACAAGAGCCAGUGGGAAGUUCGGGACGGAGAUGUCGUGAAGGGCGAGUACACCGUGCAGGAACCGGACGGUUCGAUGCGCGUUGUAAAGUACCACGCCGAUAGCAAGAACGGAUUCGAAGCCAUCGUCAAGAACAUCGGCAAGGGCUACCAGGGUGGUUUCGAGCAGGGUGGUCAGUAA